AUGGUUCGCAAGUUCCUUCAGGGCUUGAAACCAGAGAUUGGUGGACGUCUACAGGCGUUGACAUAUACCCAUCUCUAUGAAGUGAUAGAGAAGGCAGUAAACGUGGAGACGUUUGUGGCUAAGGAACAAGCCGUGAUGAGCAAGCCAAGAGAGAAUCGGAACCAAGGUGGUUCGAACUCUAAGAUAGCUCAACAAUCCAAGAAGGGUAAUAUGUUUGAUCUCAAAGUUGUGGUUCUGCACUGGUGGUGGAACAAUCCCUUGUCUCUGUUGGUGGCGGUUUGGAGCAUCUCCUUGACCAAUCGGUCGAGUUUGCCUAGCUCGACCGAGUCCAUUACCCAAAGGGUUUCCAUUCCCCUCUGGUAUGUCCAUUGUAUCAGCAACAAGCACCUCAGGUUCCUCUUGUACCCUCUGUGA